AUGAUUUUGUGGCUUAUUGUUUGUAUCUCCUGCGAUCCACUUUCCUUAUCCAAUUGGCUUAAACAUAAGACUGCCGGCACACAGGCCAUCAGUGAGGUGCCUCCCGGGCAGGCUGCAGGCGAUCGGCAGCCCAACACAAACACUUGGGGUAUGCUUAAAGCAUUUGCUCUGCGUCUUUUCAUCAGCUACGCUGUUUUCAGUUUCUUCCGCCGCGGACCAUCCACUCCUGGGCCGAUUAGCUCGGAGAGUGGCGUCCCUGGUCAUCCGACCCAUCCUUCCUUAGGUGCCGCUUCCAACCUCUUUGCGGCUGGUGCCCUAAUGGACCUCUAUGCCUAUGUUAACGAGGCUCCUACUUUUGAUGCAUUCGACAAGGCAUCAAGCACUCUACAACCUCAUGGGGCAAAGGGCCCCUUAUUUUGGCAUUUGACUGAUCUGCGCUAUGGUGAUUGGGAGGCUGGCGAGUACAAGGAUGGCUCCUAUAUCCACGAGGCAACGAUCGAGGCUAGUGAGGUAUGCUUCACCUAUAUGAUUUCAUUAUUCACCAAUCGGAACUGGUUCAUGCAGAUGCGCGAAGUUGCCUAA